AUGUCUAGAUGGCCGAUACUUCUGGAGAAAUUUUCUCGAUUCUCUGUUGCUACUGGAGAGGAUGCCUUGGCUUCUAAGGGGGCCCUUGGGGUUGUUCUUGACCGCGGAAAAGAUGUGGUCAUUGUGGUAACCACACAUCUCGAUGCUGGUCAUGAUCCUGAUGUCAAGUUAGCUCAAUUGAAAGUUGUCGUCGAUGUUGUGGCCUUCCUCGAGAAGGAGUGCUCCUCGAGGGGACUUCAUGUGGCUGCAGCAGCUAUGACUGGCGAUUGGAACAUUGAUGGCACUGGCAGAGAUCAUGGGGCGCGCGCUAAAGUAGUAGAACAAACGUGA